AGAGGUGGUGGUGGUGGUAAACGCCAAUUCACACAACGGCAUUGGAGUUGUAUUAGUGUUGAUAUGAGCACGUAGACAGUGGGCAUGUGAUGCGGAAGAACGUAGUGAACGGGAAAAAUCGCUAAUUACUUGCCGUGACUUACACGUCAGCGCAUCUAAACGAGCAAUUCUUUAAAUCUAAAGUUUACAGCAGUUAGGAUUUUGAGUUACAACAAGCUGGGAUUAACUAGUUCUGCUAAUUGUGUUUUUGAAUAGCAUAUUUUGACAACAUUUGUUUUCAACUCUAUUUACCGGCAUGUCAACACAAACAACGCACGCCCCUUCAGCGCCGGAAUUGCCCACCACAUCACAUGGCGCACCGUCAGCACCGCCAGUCGCAUCAGCUGACGAUUGGAGUUGUUUUGGUAAUGCAAGCGGCGAGCAAGAACAAACUCAAAAUGCUACACAGAGCGCAUCUACGUCAAGAACAACUGAAACCGUUAAUGUCACAGCUAAUGAUGCCGCCACCAUUAAUGCUGUACCGAAAAUCACAUCUUCCACAGCGUAUUCGUUUCCAGGCAGCGCACUAGGAAGUGAAUCCACCGCAAAUAUAAACAGCAUUAAGGCAGAAACCAGCACCAAUGGGGACUCUAAAGCCAAUAACAAUGUAGAAGAAGAAAAGGUUGACGAUUCGAUGUAUGAAUGCAAUAUUUGUCUCGAUACUGCUAAGGAUGCAGUAGUCAGUUUAUGCGGUCAUCUCUUCUGUUGGCCAUGUUUACAUCAAUGGUUGGAAACACGUCCAAAUUGUAAAUUAUGCCCAGUAUGCAAAGCAGCUAUUGGUAAAGAUAAGGUGAUUCCGCUAUACGGGCGCAAUAGUACCAAACAAGAGGAUCCCAGAAAUAAAGUACCACCACGCCCUGCUGGCCAGCGCACUGAGCCGGAACCACAGCAAGGCUUUCAAGGAUUCGGUUUUGGUGAUGGUUUCCAUAUGUCUUUCGGUAUUGGUGCUUUUCCGUUUGGCUAUUUCGCUUCAUCGUUUAAUUUUGGCGAACCACGAGCAGCCGCCGCCAAUCGUGGCACAACACAAUUCGAAGAUGAGCAGCAAUUAUCCAAAUUAUUUCUGUAUUUGGCAGUCUUGUGCAUUGCUUGGUUGUUGUUCGCAUAGCAAUACUAAAUUAGUUGGUUAUACUUACAUACAUAAAUAAUAUACAAUAUAUUUGUGCAAAGAGCCCUCUUUUAAUUUGUUGCUCCAUGCUUGCGAUUAUUAAUAAGAAUUCUAACUUUAUACUUGUAUGCAUUUUAUUGAACCCACUUACAUACGAAAUUAUACAUACUUACACUGAGAAAUAAUAUAAAAAAGCAAAGAUCUUUAAAGGUAAAAUUAUAAAAAAAAAAAAAAAAAAUUAAUAAAUGUGUGCAAAGAACUGAAAACUGGACUUGAAACUGAAUGAAAAACUUUCACAACAACGGCGUUUGUGAAUAACUACAAAUAAUUUUGUAGAAUUAAUCGGAAUCUUUUGCUAACAAACUACUAACAGUCACAAGUUGCGACGAACGUUUGCAGAAACUUAUAUGAAUUACAAGCAUCUCCUUCCUAGUUUUCAAAAUUCCUGAUUUCUUUUUAUACAUUUUAUUUUUAUUUAAAUAUUACAUUUUAAAAGAAUUCAAAAUUCCCCAAAGGUGUUUGUGAUUACUAAGAUUAUGAACUGAAUAUGUCAAUGGAUUUUAGUCUAAUAGUUGGUUAUUUGUAUCCCAAAUAAAAUUCUAUACUAUAUACUACUUCUUAUGCGAA